AUGUUAUUUUCUAUUAAGUAUAGUAAAUAAAAAAUAAUAAUAAUAAUAAGUAAUAUAAUUAAGUAUAGUAAAUAAAAAAUAAUAAUAACAAGUAAUAUAAAAAUAUAUCGAAUAUAAUAAAAUAUAUAAUUAACAUUUAAUUUUAAUUUUUUACUCAUAUCAUGCAGUUAACUUUAAAUUAAUUAGUAUACUAAACAUAUUUUUAAAAAAUUAUAAAAUAACAUAACAUAUAGACAUAGUAUGUAAUAAGUAAAUAAAUGACGCAAUAUUUUUUUUUAUAAAUAUUCUUUUUGUUUGACAUAAAGUUUAAUGAAAAGCUGUUGCGAUAUAACAUUAUAAGUUAAACAUAAAAAUUAAUGAAUAAUUAAAUGUUUCAUAUAUGUAUAUAUGACAUUUGUUUUAUGUAUUAUCACUCGUCAUCAUCGCGAACACCACCACUGCCUGGUAGUUUUGGUCCUCCUGCACGCUUUGCCAUAAUAAUUUGAUUGAUUUUAAGUACAGUGCAUGCAACGCCAACAGCAUAUUUUAAACCCCAUUGUUUUGUUAAGAAUAAAUCCAAAAUUCCAGCGUCAACUGUGUCUAUAAGACCUGCUUUUUGCUGUAAACAAAUAUAAUUUUUUUUUUUUAACGUGUAUUUAUAUCAUAAAGUUUCACAAAAAAUUUAAAGAUACAUACAUCAAUGUCAAAACCAUAAUUCUUUUUACUUUCUUUAUGGGCAGCAUAAAGUUUGGAUAAAAGUUCAGAAGCAUGACUUCCGCUAUUUUCGGCUAGGGUUUUUGGGAAAAUUUCUAAAGCCGUUGCAAAUUUGCGUACCGCAUACUGUUCUAAACCUGGUAAAGUAUCUGCAUAUGUACUAAGUUGUGCAGCUAGUUCAAUUUCAGUAGCACCCGCGCCAGGAACAAAUUGUCCAUCUCUCGUUAUUCCUUUGAACGUAUUAACUCCAUCGUCAAUAGCUCGUUCAAUAUCAUCCAUAUAAUUUUCCGUGGAUCCCCGAACAAUUAUAGUACUAAUACGACUAUCUUUUCCAUUUAUUGUGAAUUUUACUACCAUAGUGUCUCCAACUUCGUCGAUAUACACUGAAUCUGCAUAUCCUAAUUCUUCUUUUGACGGUGGUACCUUAAAAUAAAAAUGAUCAACUGAAUCUUUGUAUUACAUUAAAAAAAUAAUCGUUGUAGGAAAAUUUACCAAUUUUGGAAGUGCUGUAGCACCAACAGUUUUACAUAAUCUCCUAAUAUCAAAUUUGCUAGGUAUACGAACAGCCAUUAUAUUGUACUUGUUCAUAUAAUGUAAAGUCAUAUCUCCAAACUUCCCUCCUGAAACAAUUACAGUAGCUCCACUAUCAGCAAUUGCUUUUAUUUGAGAUUCUAAUAAAGAUUCCUCUCCUCUAGAAAAUUUCAUCAGUUCAUCUGCUGUUUUUAUUAGUACUGUUCCCUUUGUUUCAGUUUGUAUAAUAUCUACUGCACAGGUAUAGACAGCAAUUUUGGAAUUAUCUUUUCUUGUAAUAUCUCCUUCAACUUGCCUCUUAAAUACCAUUCCUUGUACAACUUCAGAACUAGAUAUACCACUGCCUAAUAUUUUACAAACACGUACGUUAUCCACAUUGAAAGUACUUCUCUUUGGUAAAAUGGAUACACAAGCCUGUGCAACAAGAGAAGCAAGAGUAAAUGUUACCAAACGAAGUAAUUCCUCGGCAGCUUCAAGAAGUGCCCCAGCAAAAAUGAUCACAAAAUUAGUACCAUCACCAACUUCUGCUUCUUGCAUUUUCGACGCUAGAACUAACAAUUUAGCAGCUGGGUGUUCAACUUCCAAUUCAUUAAUAAUUGUAGCAGCAUCAUUAAAAUUCUGUUGUCGACUGUUAUGGAUAUGGUGACCACUAAUUUACAACAACAACGGCAAAUCACGGAGCAGCUACGUCGUGAAGCUGCUUUGAGACGAAUCACAGUUAGUAAAGCUGUUGAAGAUAUCAUGAAAUAUAUCACAGAGCACGAACAAGAAGAUUAUCUUUUGGUUGGUUUUUCAUCACAGAAGUCAAAUCCCUUUCGUGAAAGAAACUGUAAUAUGUUUUCAAUCAAUUUGGUAACUUUGGAUAGUUAUCAAUCAACUCCACUAUCAGAGUUAGAUGUAACAUUUUCAGAUUUUCGAGGAAAUGAAAUUAAACAAGUCCCAGUUAUCAGGAUAUUUGGAUCUACUCCAUCUGGAGUAAAAACAUGUUUACAUAUACAUGGAGUGUUUCCAUAUAUGUAUAUACCAUGUAUAAUAAAUAACAACGUUGACAGUUAUAUGUACAAAUUGGCAGCAGCAAUAGAUUCUGCAAUAAAUGUAUCUUUGGGAUCUGCAAUGUUUAAUACUCAACAUGUUUAUAAAAUUCAAAAAGUUUCUGGAAUAAUGGUGUUAUACUUGGUCAAAGUUUACAACCACACGAAGCGCAUAUACCUUUUAUUUUACAAUUUACGAUUGAUUACAAUCUUUAUGGCAUGAGUUUAAUAAAUUUAAGAGAUGUUAAAUUUAGACAAUGUCUACGUACAAAAUCAGAAAACGAUUCUCAAACUGAGAGCCCAAUAAGUUUACUUGAUUCGCAAAAAUAUCUCCCUGCAUUUGCUGCUAGACAAAGUAUCUGCAAAUUAGAAGUAGACGCGCAAGCAUGUGAAAUACUUAAUGGACAAGAAAUUCAGAUUGGUUUAGAUUUAAAUCCUGGUAUUGCAGCUAUUUGGAACGAAGAAAAACAUAGAAGAGAAAAAGAAGAUUUAGAAAAUAUCGGGUCACAGUUUUUAUAUUCUGAUACCAGUGGCAGAAUUUACGACUCGACAGAGAAUGAUCUUUAUCAAGAAGAACGAUUAAUAAAAAGAUUGCAAUCAAUAUCACAGAUCAGUGAAAAUGUAACACCAGUAACAUCAAAAACACGUAGUUACCCUUUAGAAGUGAACAGCGAAGAUGAUUCAUGUAGCGCUUCGUACAUAUCAAAUCACUUUAAACUAUCAAUAUCAAAUAAUGAAAAUAAAAAUAAAACACUUUCGAAUGACUUAUCAGAAUUUGAUAAAUCUGAAAUAGGAGAAAGUUUACGUCUAGAUAAAAUAAUAGAAAACAUGGAUUCUGAAGAUAUGUUCUUGGUUGAAAUAUUGGCUGACUUGAGGAAAGAAAAUGAAGAAGAAAAAAUUAUAGAUAACGAUAGCAUGCUAGGUUCUCAAUUUUCUAUGCUGGAUAAUGAAAUUAAAGAAGACAAUGAAGAUGGGGAAAUCGAAGAUUUGAAUAUCACAAGUUUAGAUUUGAGUAGUCUUAGUUCAUGGAAUUCAAUUAUCACUGAAAGCGAAAGUAAAAAGACAGAAGAUUUCAAACAAACUAAAUAUAACGUUGGAAGUGCUUCGAGAGAUCUUCCUCAAUGCGAUGGUCCAAGUGAUUUGAAUUUAAAAAAUAAAAAACAAUUAUUACAAAGACAUACUAAAAAUAAAAUAAACAAAAAAACAAAAACACGUGCAAAAUUGAACAAUCUUGUAUCGUGUUUCAACAAUAGCAGUGUGAUAUCAAACGAAUUUAUAAAUAUUCAAAUAAAUUUUAAUCUUUUACAAAAUCAAUUAACGGUUCCACGUGGAAUUGUAUUUGAUAUCAAAUUACCAAAAUAUUUUACAUUUCAUCAAAAACACACUCGAAAAUAUAAAAGUAAACAUAGAAAAACGUUGCAAACUACUGAAAAAAAAUCAUCGUAUUACAGAGAUAUAAAUAUGUAUAAAUUAGAUCAUCAAGACUUGGAUGUUUACGACGCGGAUGAGAUCGAACAUAAACUAAAUAAUUAUAAACAUCUAAAACAUUCAAUAGACUUUGAAAACAAUCUCGAUCGAAUUAGUUAUAACAAGUUAUACGUUGUUAAUAGCGUUUUAAAUAAAUUAAACAUACCUGCACUCGAUGGUAAUGCCAACACCUCCAGUGAUUCCGAGACAGAUCAAGAUAUCACUAUCAAUAAGGAAGAAAAACGUGUUUGUAUUUAUGAUAGACUGAAAAAACGAAGGCUCGAUUUGGAAGGUUCUAAUUUGCAAUUUCCUCGUAAACGACGUAAUAUUAUUAGAAAUAUAUCGGACGAACCGUAUCAUACUCCAACUAAAGUAAAAUUGGCGCAUAGUCCAUGCUCUAUAUCAACAAGAUAUUCUCCACUUAAUAUAAAAAUAGUAUCUCCAAAAAUAGAUAAAAAUAUCAAAAAUAUUGAAUCUUGUAAUUCAGAAUCUACUUGUAAUAUUUUGAAUCGAAAUACUCAAUAUUUAUCUGGCGAAGAAGCAAAUAAUUCUACCUCAGAGGCAAAUCAUGCAAUGCAAGAGUACAUAAGGAAUCGAUCGAUUUAGAAAAAGAAGACAGCGCAUUAAAAACAAAUUUUGAAACGCGAGUUAUUCCUGCAAGUAACAAACAAAUUCGUAAGAAAUUAAGUUUUACAAAUGUCAGUAACAAAGAAGUUACCUCUAUGAAAGAUGAUAUAGAUUUAAAAAAUUUAUCUCCAACACAAAUACACGAUACACAUAAAAUCAACGAUUUUAUUAAUAUUUCGUUUACGGAUUCUAAUCAUGGAAAUUUUAUAAAAUUGCACACAAAAGAAAAUGAAAAAGUUAAUUAUGAAUAUAAUUUACCAAAUACAUCUAAAAGUAAUAUAGAUUUUUAUUCAAAUGAUACUUUAAACAAAAUGCCGUUGACGUAUAAAAAUAUAAAUAAAAAUGAAAACGAAGGCAAAGACGAAGACGAAGACGAAGACGAAGACGAAGAAAACAUUUGUAAUAUGACAUACACACAAUAUCUUGGUAGAAAAUUAGAAUUAGAAUCAAACACGUCAUUAAGUGUCACGUCAUUAAGAAGUACAAACGAUACAGAUAUUAAAUUGAUCACUAUCGCUACUAAAUUUAAUCCACCAAGCAGAGAAAGAAUUAUAAAUUCUAUGAAAACGUAUGAUAUUUUGGAAUCAAAAUUUAACACGCUAUUUUUUAGUAACAGAAUUGAUUUGCUAAAACUCAAGCAAAAAGAAAAUCGGAGUAACAAUAGUAUUCACAAAGUAAUUCCAUUUAAAUGUAGUUUAGAUAGGAUUGCAAGUAUUAAAUCGUGGCGUCGAGUAAGAAUAAACGAAUUUUAUCCAUCUGGAUCGAGUAUAAAAUCUUGCAAUAUAAAGAAAGUUCUUGCUGGAUACGAUACGUUAAUAAUUCAUCCUCUCAUUCAUCCACCAAUAUUAAAAAAUGUUAAAACUUGGUUACAAGCUAAAAAAUAUUUAUCAAAGAAAAAUGAUAAUUAUAAAGAAACAAACGACGAUAUCAACGUUCCAAGAGACGCGGAAGAAAGCAAUAUACUUAAGAAAACAUCUAUCGACGACGAACGAUAUACGAAAUCACAGAGUUCUGACAGUUCAGAGUAUUUAAGCAAAUCUAACAAUUUUAAUUCUUCUUUGCAAAAAAUGCUUGAAAAUCCACUAUUAUAUAGAAAUAACGAUACACCACGAUAUUUAGGCAUUUCACACGGGCAAAUCGAACAUAGUCUAAAAGGAUAUAGUAAUAACAUUGAAAAUGAAAAUCUUCAAAAUGCCAAAAGUCGAACGGUGUACCAAUGUUUGACAAUAUUAGCAGUAGAAAUACAUAUUAUUACACGUGAUAAAUUUCUUCCUGAUCCAGAUCAUGACCCGAUCGGAGCAGUAUUCUAUGCUAUUCACAAUGAUGUUCCAUCAUCUUCAAAAAUUGAACCGACAGAGCAUGGCGCUAUCGUUGUAAAUUCUUCCAUAAAAAAUACAAAAGUAAAAGAUAUACAUUCAACUAAUACAUGUAUCACAUCAUACGUAUCAAGCGAAGAGGAUUUAUUAAAUAGCCUCACGAUAUUAAUUAGACAUUGCGAUCCAGAUAUUUUAAUCGGUUGGGAAAUAGAGUCUCUUUCAUGGGGAUAUAUCUUUCACAGAGCUUCUCGUAUCGGACUGAAUGAUUUUACAUGGCAAAUCUCAAGAAUUUCGGUUCCUCCAAAAUCCAAAGGACAAGCCGAUAAAGAUAAUUUCAGCGAUACAAAAAUUCCAGGUCGAAUUAUCCUUGACGUUUGGAGAAUAAUGAGACACGAAAUAGCAUUGUUAAAUUAUACAUUUGAAAGUGUCAUGUAUCAUGUCAUGCAUGAAAGAAUUUCACGUCCUACCUUUCAAAUUUUAACCGAUUGGUGGAAUCAUAAAAAUGCGACGAUACAAUGGAGAGUUAUUACUCAUUAUGUCAUACGAGUUGUGGGUACAUUAAGGAUAUUAAUCCAGCUUGACAUUAUCGGCCGUACGUGCGAACAUGCACGACUUUUUGGAAUACAAUUUUACGAAGUAUUUUCGAGAGGCUCUCAAUUUCGAGUCGAGUCAAUGAUGUUGAGACUUGCAAAACCUUUGAAUUACAUUCCAGUUUCACCCUCUAUGCAACAAAGAGCACGAAUGCGCGCACCUGAAUCUCUACCACUCAUUAUGGAACCACAGUCCGCAUUAUAUACCGAUCCAUUGGUCGUCCUAGAUUUUCAAAGUUUAUAUCCAAGUAUCAUUAUUGCUUACAACUAUUGUUUCUCUACGUGUUUAGGUCGUGUAGAGCACAUUGGCCAUUACGAACCAUAUGAAUUUGGUACAACUACGUUAAAAAUAAAGAAAAAUACCGCUCAAAAAUUAUUAGGAAAAAUCAAUUUUGCACCUUGUGGCGUAGCUUUUGUAAAACCAGAAGUACGAACAGGAAUAUUACCGCGUAUGCUUGCGGAAAUUUUAAAUACUCGAUUAAUGAUAAAAAGAUCUAUGAAACUUCACGGGAAUAAAAAUCAGGCAUUACAACGUGUUCUUCACUCACAGCAAUUAGGCCUCAAGUUAAUUGCAAAUGUUACUUAUGGUUACACAGCUGCUAAUUUUAGCGGCCGAAUGCCUUGCAUAGAAGUAGGAGACAGUGUUGUCAGCAAAGGAAGGGAAACAUUAGAACGAGCAAUCAAAAUAGUAGAAUCUACUUCUAAAUGGGGAGCCAAAGUCGUUUACGGCGAUACAGAUUCAUUGUUUGUUCUUUUACCUGGAAGAUCGAGAGAAGAUGCAUUUGCAAUUGGAGCUGAAAUUGCCGAUACUGUUACCGCUGCUAAUCCACCUCCAGUGAAACUCAAAUUUGAGAAAGUUUUACAACCAUCGAUACUACAAACCAAGAAAAGGUAUUGCGGUUACAUGUAUGAAUCUCCAGAACAAAAAGAACCUGUAUAUUUAGCGAAGGGUAUCGAAACUGUUCGCAGAGAUGGCUGUCCAGCAGUAGCUAAGAUACUUGAAAAAACACUGAAAAUCUUGUUUGAUACAAAGGAUCUCUCCUUAGUAAAAUUAUACGUCACCAGACAAUUUGAUAAAAUUUUACGUAAAAAAAUAUCAAUUCAAGAUUUAACAUUCGCAAAGGAAUUUCGUGGCUUGCGUGGUUACAAAACCAGUGCUUGUGUACCCGCGUUAGAAUUAACACGAAGAUUAACGCGCAAAGAUCCGCGUGCAAUACCUCGUACUGGUGAAAGAGUUCGAUACGUUAUAGUUGCUGGAGCCCCGAAUCAACCGCUGAUUCAAUGUGUGCGAACUCCGAUAGAAGUAAUGUAUGCAGAAAUGAUUCAUCGUCAAACACCUGAUAAAGUAGUUGGUUUAUCUACGAACAAUCAAAAACUAACUAUUCGACAGUUUUUUAGUACCGUAGUAUGCGCUGCUUGCAAAAAUCAGACGCAAAAAGAUAUUUGCACGAGUUGUAUGGCAAAGCCGAGUCGAACAAUUACUAUUUUACACGAAAAGUUAAGAUGGUUGGAACGUACUCAUUACGAACUUACUACGAUAUGUCGAUCUUGUACUGGUUAUUUGGACGAACCGAAAUGUGAAUCUUUAGAUUGUCCAGUUUUGUAUCGUUCGAUGCAAGCUCGUAGAGAUCUCGUCCAAAUACUUUAUUUAAAUGAUAUAAUUCGUUCGAAUCGUUGAUAUUUUCUAUAUAGGAAGAAAAGGUAUGAAACGUCAAUUUUCAUCGUAUUGUAUCUUUAUAUUUUUAUAAAUUUAUCUUUAUAUUUUUAACAAAAAUAGCAUAUAAAUUAAACAUCUAUUUUUUAUUGUACGUUCGUUGUACGUUAAUUACCGAAAUAACAUCGAAGAGUAAUAAAAUAUUUGUAUCUAAAUCGUAUCUAAAUUUUUAAUAUUUAAAUAUUUGUAUCCAAAUGUAUAACUUGUAUCUAAAUAUUUGUAAAAAUUAAUUUGAAUACUCGAAUAGCUUACUCGUAAUAUUACUAGACAGCGCAGAACUCGUUAUACCUGUAGGUACGAUGGUCGGUAAAUU